UCGUUCAGGAUUCGGAUGUCGUUAGUGUUGGCUGGUGCUGAACAUGGCGUGUUGUGGGAGCUGCUUGUGCUGUCAGUGCUGCUGCUGCACAGAAGGAGAAACCAGGACACCAGAGGAACUGACCAUUUUGGGCGAGACCAGGGAAGAUGAAGACGAAAUACUCCCAAGGAAAGAUUAUGAGAGUUUGGAUUACGACCGGUGCAUUAAUGAGCCCUAUGUGGAGGUGUUGGAAGGACUGGACAGGAAGAAAACCAAAAAGUAUGAAGCUGUCAAGUGGAUGUUGGUGUUUGCCAUUGGAGUAUCUACAGGCCUGAUUGGCGUCUUUGUUGAUUUCUUUGUCCGACUCUUCACACAGCUGAAGUUCAGACUGGUUGGAAAAUCUGUGGAGGAGUGCAGUGAAAAUGGGUGUCUUGCGUUGUCCUUGCUUGAGCUUCUAUCUUUCAACAUGGCUUUUGUAUUUAUUGCCAGUGUUCUGGUUCUGAUUGAGCCUGUAGCAGCAGGAUCAGGCAUACCAGAGAUUAAAAGUUACUUAAACGGAGUAAAGAUUCCAGGGAUUGUGCGACUGCGGACGUUCAUCUGCAAAGCCAUUGGAGUUCUGUUUGCUGUUGCUGGAGGUCUGUUUGUUGGAAAAGAAGGGCCAAUGAUCCACAGUGGAGCUAUUAUAGGUGCUGGACUACCACAGUUUCAGAGCAUCACCUUCAAGAAAAUCCGCUUUCACUUUCCCUAUUUUCGUAGUGACAGGGAUAAAAGGGAUUUUGUGUCGGCGGGAGCAGCAGCUGGAGUGGCAGCAGCAUUCGGGGCUCCCAUUGGGGGAACCCUCUUUAGUCUGGAGGAGGGGUCAUCUUUCUGGAACCAGGCCCUGACAUGGAAAGUGCUGUUCUGUUCCAUGUCUGCCACCUUCACACUCAACUUCUUUCGCUCUGGAAUCAACUACAACAAAUGGGGCUCCUUUCAGCUCCCUGGCCUGCUCAACUUUGGAGAAUUCAAGUGUCCAGAUGGGGAUAAGAACUGUCACUUAUGGACUGCAGUGGACCUGGCCUUCUUUGUGCUGAUGGGUGUAGUGGGAGGCCUGCUGGGCGCCAUGUUCAACUGCAUCAACAAGCGGCUCGCCAAGUACCGCAUGAGGAACGUACACCCCAAAGCCAAAUUCAUCAGAGUACUGGAGAGUCUCCUGGUGUGUAUGCUUACAACGGUGGUGGUUUUCAUGGCUUCCAUGACUUUAGGAGAGUGCAGGGAUUUAGCGCCCCCGACAGCCAACAACACAACAGCAAUAGUGUCAGCCAAUGAGGAUGUGAAUUCGACCAUACGGCAAUUUUUCUGCUCCAACAGGACCUACAAUGACAUGGCAACUCUUUUCUUCAACCCUCAGGAGACUGCAAUACAUCAGCUCUUCCACCAAGAUGCCACCUUUAGUCCAGUCACCCUCUUGUUGUUCUUUGUGCUAUACUUUUUGCUGAGCUGUUGGACAUAUGGAGUGUCUGUCCCCAGUGGACUCUUUGUCCCCUCGCUGCUCUGUGGAGCGUCUCUUGGACGCCUGGUGGCCAACAUCCUUAAAAUGAAUCUUGGCAUGCAUAUAUAUUCUGGAACGUUCGCUCUGAUCGGAGCAGCUGCUUUCCUAGGAGGCGUGGUGCGCAUGACCAUCAGCCUGACAGUCAUCCUAAUAGAAUCCACCAAUGAGAUCACUUACGGCCUUCCCAUCAUGAUUACACUGAUGGUGGCCAAAUGGACAGGAGAUUUCUUUAAUAAAGGAAUUUAUGACAUUCAUAUCCAUCUGAAAGGUGUGCCGCUUCUGGAGUGGGAGACUGAAGUAGAAAUGGAUAAACUGACUGCUAGUGACAUCAUGGAGCCCAACCUGACGUACGUUUACCCACACACACGAAUCCAGUCUCUGGUCAGCAUCCUGAGGACCACCGUGUACCAUGCCUUCCCCGUGGUGACUGAGAACCGCGAGUAUGAGAAAGAGUUCAUGAAGGGAAACAUCCUCGUCAGCAACAACAUUAGAUUUAAGAAAACCAGUGUGUUGACCCGGGCGGGGGAGCAGAGACGGAGAUGCCAGUCAAUGAAAUCAUACCCUUCGAGUGAGUUGCGCAAUGUGUGUGAUGAGCAAGUGGGGGUUGAGCCAGCGGAGGAAGGGCAGGACAUUCUGCAGCAGAUGCUGGAGAGAAGACACAUGCCCUACCCCAACCUUUACCCGGACCAGUCACCCAGUGAGGAGUGGAGUAUGGAGGAGAGGUUCCGCCCCCUCACCUUCCACGGUCUAAUACUGCGCUCACAGCUGGUCAACCUGCUGAUCCGGGGCGUCUGUUAUGCAGAGAACCAGUCGAGUGCAUCUCAGCCACGGCUCUCAUAUGCAGAAAUGACGGAGGACUACCCACGCUUCCCUGAUAUCCAUGACCUUGACCUAGCCCUCCUCAACCCACGCAUGAUUGUGGAUGUGACUGCAUACAUGAACCCAAGUCCAUAUACGGUCUCUCCAAACACGCACGUCUCACAGGUGUUCAACCUGUUCAGGACCAUGGGGCUGCGGCACCUACCUGUGGUCAACGCCGUAGGAGAGAUUGUAGGAAUAAUAACAAGACAUAAUUUGACCCAUGAGUUUUUGAUGGCUAAGCUCCGGCAGCAUUACAUCACCAUCUGAGAUGUGCGCUCGCUCUGUCCAUGAUCGGAGUGACCUCCCCCUGCUGCAGAACAGCUGGGCUCAGCCGUGCAUGGGCUGGCCUGAAUCCACACUAGACCACUGUCGGGCCAGAAACCUAUCUUGGUCUCACCAUAAAAUGAUUCUGGCCACUUCCUGGACCACUAGAGCAUGGUACUUUAUCCAUAUUGACUGACAGACACAAACACACCUGCACCUACCUACAUACCCACACGUACAUACAUUGAGACUUUUCCAAGUACGUCAAAGUACGUUUUUCUCUGAAGAAAAAGCCAGCUACAUUCUCAUGAACAGUACCUUGCCUUGCUUUACCAACUUCACUGUAGCACUUUUUAUUUUGGGCAUCAAGUAUGUUAUUGCUAUUGUUUUGGUAUGUAUACUUGUAUUUAUGUGAACAUGCUUUUGCACUAAACGUGGUUAGAAUCACUAGGCAGAACUGGAAGGAAUGUUUUAUAUAGCUCAGAAAGAACUGUUUGUUGGAAAUAGGGCACUAAAAUAAUAUGUCAGCGCAUCUUUAUAAUGAAUAUCAAUAGCCAGAAUUCUAGACUAAUGAAACCUGGUUCAGAUGCUGGCAGAUUUGCCAUUUGUCAUACUCUGUUUAAUUCUUAAAGUUUUAAUUAGGAUCUGAAUACUAGAAGUAAGUGUGGGUGAUGUGGCAAAAAUAUAACGUUACUGAACAUUUGAAAUAAAAAUGAGAUAUUUAAGAAGGAAUAAGAUGAAUAUUCAAACAGUUGCUGAAGCAUAUUCAUAAAAUGAGACUGUGGUAUAUUGGGCUGACAUCAAGUCAACUACUUGUUUCUAUGCAGUUUCUGAAGUUACUAUACUAUCGUUUUCAUUCUUCCCACAGUCUUUUUUAUUAUACUUGCAGUCGUUCAGUCAUUUAGAGGUCCUGACAGCAUUCAUGACAAAUUCAGAAAAGUGUAUCGUAGUGUAAUUUAUACGUUUUUGUCAUAUUGCCCACCCCUAAUUAAAACCAGAUGUUUUAGCUUAGCAUUGAAACUAAACUUUACAGAGAUGUGACUGCAGAAUCAGGACUGUUCUUGGACCUUUUUCAUAUUAAAUGAUGUCGAUGCCUCUAUAUAUAUAUAUAUAUAUAUAUAUAUAUAUAUAUAUACACAUUUGUAAUAAGCUUGAAUUAUUCCAUUUGAGAAUUCAUCAACAAAGUGGAAGACAGCACUCCCUGAUAGCUUGUAGAGGGACCAGCUGUAUCUCAGCUGUUGUCAUGUUUCAGGGAAUAAGCAUCAAGCUGCAUGUUGUCUUGAGGUUUCUGAUGGAAAACAACAGUGCGCAUAACAAACAGUCUUUUCCCAUUGCAGUAGCACCAUGAAGAGUUGUUCAUAUUGCUAUUGCAUGUUUCAUUCCAUUUAAACUUUUACUCUUCAGUUGUAACCAUCCUAUUCGUCUUGCCAUGGCAGCAAAAUGCAGAUGAGCUUUCUCAGGGUGUGUUUGCGUCCUUGAACUGAUCAAACCACCAAAAGAUAACAGCAGGUCACGAAUGACAUUUCUAAUACUGUGAUGGUAGGAAUCCACUUAGGCAUAGCGUAGUUCUACAAAUGUAAUCUACUCUUGAUAUGUACUCAUAUGUUAGACCAAUAUUAUUUGCAUUAAUGUAGUGUAAUGCAGCUGUAAUGUACAUAGUAUCAGAUUUAUGCUAAACAGAUGAGGGCACGUUUAUAUGCUAAACAUUCCUCACUUUUGUUCUUUUUUGUGUAUAUGGUUUUAUUUAAGAUUUUAAGUUUCAGUGAGAUUUGUUUUUUACAAGUAUGUACUAAUAAUUUUAAUUUUGAAGUGCUUUAAAAUGGCUCAAAUCAAUCAGUAUUAUAUUUUUGUCAUUUGUGAGAGUGAAGUUAUACAAAGUGUAAAUUGUUGUUUUUUUAUGUUUGUAAUAUAUCACACUAUUGUUUUUUUAUGAUUAUUAUUAUUUCUAUUCAAGUGUUCUCUGAAUUCAGAUCCAGUACACUAAAUGGAUGGAAGAAGGCUUGCCGUUUACAAGACUCAUGAAAAUAUAAUGUCAUAAUGUGAAGUUUUGUUCUCUGAUAUGACAGACUUUUCUGUUCAUAUUGUUUAGACUUUAGCCCUCCAUCCAGUAAUGGUUGAGGUAUAAGGGACUGAAUCUCAAUUAAAUUUGGGAAACUAAUUCAAAUAAGGAUUAGUUCAAGUGGAUAUUCAGCAUUAUUAUAAUCAACAUGUGUUUCUGGUUACUUAGAAUCAACUAGAGGACAUAGUUAUUCCUUAAUAACAUAAUGACUGGAACAGCUGGCUAGCCUGUCUUCGCUAGUAGUAAACAAAUUCCCUGGAGUUGGAUAGUUAGGGUUUGUUUAAUAUGUUUAUAUCUGAAACUGAAAAAAAUGUUUAGGCAUUUGUUUUUAGAUCUAUUUUUGAACUAUGCAUUUUACCUGCAGGGUAUGAGGUCUAAUUCCUUGCUUCUGAGAUUAGCUAGCUAGCAGCGAUGAAGCUGCUUUUAUUCAGAAACCAGAGGAAGAUAAAAUGGUAUUGAUGAAUUUAUCUGACUCUGGAUAAGAAAAAACAUGUUGUUGGCAAUUGGAAACUAUUAAAUUAAUUAUUGAAUUAAGCUAUAUCUUAAAAUAGUUGAUUUCCUGAAUUGUUAGCAGGUUAAACUUCAACUGAACUGAAUUGAAAAGCUGCCAGCCCCACCCUUCUAUACUACCCCUGUAAGCUUUAUGAGGAGAUAACGGUUUUGGCAGUUGGUGAUCCCCAACAAUUGUUUCCAGCCCUCAUUUCAAAUAUCUCAGAGCAAGCAUGCUGAUGUAAGACUAAUUUUUCUCUUCAAUCAGCUUUCCUCUUGUUCUUUCUGAGAAGUUUGAUGGAUGUGGCCUCUGGAUUGUUCUGUCCCAUGUUUACCUAUGACAAACUCACAACAAUGAGAGUGAUGCAAACACUGUUCUGUGCCUUUACCUGACUUCAAAUAAACAUUGCAACAAGCUCUCGAGCA